AUGGCAAGAAAUAUGUGGACCGAGUUCAGCGACUACCGAGAUCGGAUGUACAAGGGCUCUGCCAUCGUUCCUCUUCGUCAACUGGUCGAUCUGGAAGGCAACCGCCAAGUAGAUGAAGAGUUCGUCGCCAGGUACCAUGAGACUUGGGGGGGCAGCAUCGACCCCUUGAUGCACGAGAUGACGGGGUUGCUUCCUGACGACGAUGGGUUGGACCUCCAAAGUUUUCCUGCAGACAUCCAGGUACAGGUCGUCCAUGGCCAGCACCGAAAGAGGGUGCUGGAAAUGCAUAUAAGGACUCUGCUGCAGCAAGAGCAUGAACUUGCACAUCCUGACGAGGAAGUGUCCUCACAGGAAUUCCCGAUAGAGGCGGUGUAUGCGCAUCCCCGCGCAUUUUGGAAGGUGAAGCUCUAUGGGCAAUCUCUUCGAAAGAACCACGAAGUCAUGUUCCGUGUUUGGCUGGCCAAAGAUAACAAGAUGGAGGACAAGGUGCCGAACAAGUGGCACUACGUGUUUUCGGUCAUGCAUGGGGUGAUCAAGUCGAAGAAUCCGGCACCGGCUACGAUGGAACUGGGUUCAGCCUGGAGGGCGGUGGAGGAGAAGGAGAUGUUGCCGUUGCGGGAUGUAUGGAGAUCGAGUGAGCUGGCAGAGGCCAUCGGGGACCUCCUCACGAUCCCAUGCUGGAGGGAAUGCGAAAAAGUGCCAUCUAGCAUGGAAAGGUGGACUCAUUGUGGGAUGCAUCAGAACUCACAUCGCGCAGCUGAGUGCCCUGGUGCAACCACGGGGGUAACGUCAGUGACUGCGUUGGACCUUGCCCUUUCGUGGUCCAUCAACUUCCAGCACCCUCCUAGGUGGACCGCUGUGUUGGACAACAAACCGAAUGCGAUAUACAGCCAAGGGGCGAUCUCGGAGGCGAAGAGGGUUCCAGAUGGAUUCAGGAAUGCCCUUCAGGACCGCAAGUCGAACACUUGGGGAUUCCUCCCUGAUGACUUCCUACAUCCAGCCUAUCUCCAGGCGAACAACUCGCGAGUCAACUUGGAGAUGUCCAAGAUACGAAGGACCUUCAUUCUCUUGGUCUACAUCGUCUUUGGGGAGAAGCAGGCCAAGAAGAUGAUGAGUCGGAUGAAAGGGCAUGGUGGAAGAAGGAAGCAAGAGGAUGUGGAUGCAUUCCAUUUCACUCAAGAUAACGAGGAGCUCUUUUGGGACACUGCGCUCCCAAAACUAUGCGUGGCUAAGGGUCAUAACACUGAUGGCUUACUGGAAGAGAUCCUCCUAUCUCGCCUGAUCCGUCAAGGCACAGUGGAUGCCACGUUCAAGAAACAGGAUGUGGAUGAGACGAGUGACAACUUGGACAGGUUCGAUGUGGCUCGGAUCACGGACAUGGUCAGGAGAAACGAAGGGUGGUGGGCCUUGCUGAGACGGUUCGCUGGAUGGAAAGAUAAGGCCUAUUGUUUCACCUCUGGGGUAGUCAUCGAAGCGGCUUCCCCAGACCGCUUCCAGGAACUUCAACAGGUGUCAGAGGCAGUCGUGGAGCAGCUGGAUGGUGCGGUGGACAAGUACUACGACAGUAUCUACCACCUUGGACAGCUGAGUUCGCACCGUGACGAGGUGGAAAAGUCUAGGGAGAUGGUGCAACGCAAGCGGGUCGAGCUGGAUCGGGAGGAGAGGGAGCUGGAUGAGGCAGAGGAGUUCAACCACCAGCUUCACAGCCAGGUACGACGAGCUUCCCCCAAUCCCACCCCCAACAACAUCGGGGACACACAGGGUUAUGCAUUGGAGCGGAUGAUGGCGUCUCCUUUGCCGCCUGUUAUGGCAUCGUCGUUGGAUACUACAUCUUCCCCCCCUUCCCAUAAUUCUCUCCCUUCCUUGGUGCCCCACAGUGACGUCGACCUAUUCCUGGAUGACCUUCAGUUCCAAAUGCGAAUAAUGUUUGAAAAGGAUUUGCCCGACUAUGAUUGCUGGAACAAGGCCCACCGAAUGAAGGAUUUCCUGUUCCAGAUGGUGCAGGAACCCUUGAUAUCUAGUGCCAUCAUGGAUGGCAAAGUCACUGCCGAGGACAUGACGAGCUUGGCCAGCAUCCCCCCACCAGCACAACCCACGUCAUCAUCAUCAUCACCACAAACAACCCCUGAACAAUCCUCAAGGAAGAGAAGAAGGUCAUCGUCCCCUUGUCCAACCUCGAAGAAACUCAGAAGGGCCUCUGACCAAAUCGAUGACAGGGCAGUCGUGCUGAGACCCAAUCGCUGGCGUCAAGUGGCAAGUCGAGCGUGGGUGGGAACCCCUCCUUUGACCAUAGGCCCACUGCACCGUGAUCACCAGACUCAAGGUACUGCUCCAGUGGGAACACAGCAGGAUGACUGCGACGAGGAUGCGACAGAGGAUCCAUCCUCGGAUGAGCCAGAUGCUGCUGGAUCCAUGCUGGAGGAGUUACCUGAUGCUGCUCUUCCUCCCUUGGAUGCAUGCCAGGAGGAUACACGUAUGUUAGACGAUCUGUACUCUCAAUGCCCGCUGAAAGAGCUGCUCUCUGAUGGGUGGGAGUGGGAUGCUGAUUCGAUGCCAGAAGACCUGUGGAUGGGACAGGAUGGACCGAGUGGGGGUGUGACGGUAGUAGAAUCACAGGGUGUUGGAUAUGAACAGCAAACGUCGCAACGCUCUCAAGUGCCUGGUACAAGCAGCAACCACACUUCCCAGUCGGACCAUCUGCUGGGGACCCCUGAUCACACGAUGCUGAAUCGUUACAUAGGAUAUCAAUAUUGGAGCCAGGAAUGGCAGAAUGAAUAG